CUGUUCAGUACAAAAUUUUCCAAGAAAUAACUUUCAACUCUCUCAAGUGCCAAGCAGAGGACAAGGGUGGUCGGAUUCGCGUUCGCAAAGUCAGGUUGGGUCCAGAGAUGAAGAAGCUCGCAAGAAAUUGGCACAAUUUUCAACACAACAAACUCUCUCUCCCUACUCGCGACGAUCCAACUUUUGACGACUCUCUUCCCAUGGAUACAAAAGUUAUCUUCUCAUUGGAUAUGUAUCGUGAUUGGGGCUCGAUGAUUUUGGAAACUUUCCGAGCGAUUUCACUCACUGCUCUUCAAAGAUUAAAGAAGAACAAGAAGAGUUGGUUCGGUCUCUUGAAAGGAGUCAAGCUCGGCAGAGUCGCCUAUGGAGGGUAUGGUUUACUUCCUUAUGUAUUAUACUGUCUUCUGUUCAUUCCUGUCUUUGAAAACCUGAUAUAACUUGAUUGAAGUUUGAAUUUAAGCUCACCUGAGAGAUUUCAUUUUCAUGUAGACCGGUGUUUGCGGCUCUUCUCUGCUGUUACAUCCUCUUUCUCUUGUACUCCAUCUUUCAGCAGGCUUCAUCACCAUGGGAACUGGUAUGUCUCUUCUAUGCCCAUUGGGACAUAUGAAGCUCAGAAUUCAGGCUUUUCUGCAAUUUCUCAUGAAAUACCAUGCUUACUUCAUGGAAGAGGUUUACCCUUGGAUGAUUAUAUCAGCAGAUUGGUUUGCUGUUCUAGCCUGCACAUUUGCAAUCAAGGGGAUGCUCCAUGAGUCAUUGAAUCACAGACAAUGGAUCUGGUACUCGUGGUUUACUGGCCUUGUUCUGGCAAUUUUCUGGUUAUACUUCAUGUUCAGAUUGCCAAAGUUCCGGUGGGAUGUAAUCUGGCUGCCGUUUGGUCCUCUUGGUGGAGCGGCAAUCUGUCUCUAUGUGGAUCAUUUACUAACUGAAUCAUCGGAAGAGGUGAAAAGGCUCUGGAGAUACAUUUAUGUCUACAAAGCAAGCUAGAAUUCCUAUUCUGUCUACUUGAUGAAAAGUAUGGGAUAUGAGAAACAGUUUGGAAUUUAAAGAACAUUAUGAAGGUCUUCCAAAGGAUCAUAUGGAGUAUGGACUGAGCCUCCUGGUGAUGUCAGCCGUUAGAUGGAGCUAACAUAAGUUCUUGCAUUGAUUUUCUGACGACUCCAUUUUUGUUUUCUACUUCCUCGGUAGUGCCAAAGAAUCAUUGAAUGCAGAUAGGAACUGUCACAUGGUCAAGGACCAAUUUAUUGGGUCACCAUUUGCUUCCCCUUUCCAGGUAAAUGUGGAAUUUGGAAAAGGCCAAGAGAGCAUUGUUUCGGUGAGGUAGCACCAAUUCGGAUUGUUUUGGUGACGUGGCAACAAUUCGGAUACUGUAUCUGAAACUGUUUUAUUUUAUGUAUCCGAACUACUCUAUCUAUGUCUUGAUCUUUCAGUUGCGUGGCUGGUGUCCUGAUGCAUUUAUCAUUAUAGUUAUAGCUGUCCCCAGUCUCCAUGAAAUUAUUUUCAUGAAACAAUUAGCAAUGCUUGAAUGUAUGUGCCCUCAGACUACAAAAUGAGAAUCUAUUGAAACUAAUUUGUUGA